AUGGCGAACCAAGUCGCAUAUUUCUUUUACGCCCCAACCUGGGACUGGCCCCCGGAAGGACCUAUCAAGCUAGGAAAUGUCUUAACCUCAGUCGAGAGGCCGGAGCAGCCCUUAUCGACAACGCCUCCUCCAACCGAGAAUGAGGUCUUCUCAUUAGAGAAGAAAGACGUUGAACAUUCUAUAAAGAAUCUCAGAGACGGACAUUUCUCUCUAUUCACCAAGUUUUUGAACUUCAUCGGCGUCAGCGUCGACGUCACCGUUAGCUGGGAGCAUAGCAAUGAAGAGCUUUAUAGGUUUCAAAAAGUUGAGACUCAGCAGUUCAUCCCUAAAGAUGAGUACAUCCAAAAGUGUAUCGAGACACCAGCGGUUCGACGAUUUCUGGAAAGAUCUCGUUACCGAAAGCCAGUCUACGUCAUCACGGGGCUCAAAACCGUAUACGGAGCAAGUGCUAAGUCGACCGAGUCUCGAUCUCAGGACAAUAAGGCAUCGAUAGCGGUGGAUGGAAACGUCUUGGGCGGCGGUAACGUAGCACCUGGAACUGGGGCCGGGACAGAGGACAAGAAGAGCACCUCUUGGGAAGAAAGCAGCGAUUUCGUCUUUGCAUUUAGAGUUCGCAAGGUUCAAGUGAGCAGAAAGACACUGGUAGUGAAAGAAAAUGAUGAUUAUACCAAAGGCGCUAAAUUCGAUAGGGAUGAUGCAUUCAGGGUCAAAGAGGACAUACCGGAGCUCUCAAUUCUGUCGCAAGAUGAAGUAACUGCCAAGGAGAUGGGCUAUCGUGAGGAAAUUCUGAUGGAAGGCGAUAGCGCCGUAACUUGUGCGGUUUCGGCGGAUGAGAGCUCCGACGAUGAGUGA